GACUCAGCCGUGUAACACUCGACUGCCCGCCGCGUCACCGGCGCUCCGCUCAUGCAACCAGACAUCCAGCCUCUUCCUCUUUCCAGCUCCACAGAAGUAGGGCAAAGUAACACAAAACCCCACAGGACUUUACUGGACAACAAACUCAGGACAUUAUUUCUAUCGGGAGACGUGAAAGAAAGCUUUGUUUAACUUGCAACACUCUGGUGAACAAUCCGGAAGCUUGUUUUUCUUGUCGGCGUCGGAGGUUUCCAGGGUUCAUGCGUUUGUGUUAAAGACCAUAAACUCGGAUCCAGUCGACUGCAGGCGCGUGUAUGUGUGUGUGUUUGCCCCUCCCGGUCAGGUGACUGAGGUGUGUCUAAUUACUAGAGCCUGUGGAGAUGCUUUGUUCUAUUCUACCUGUUGGUUAACUGAAAGAUGAUCUCCAGCUCAGCGGUCAACUUCUGUCCUUUUCCGAAGUAGGACUUUGCUCGGGAAACAUGAUCAAAUAACACAUGGGGCAUCUUUUAUAACUUUAAGAUACAAUACCGCCUUCAUUUGUAUUGAAAAAAAAAAAUAACAGUUUUAAUUCGGUUUGUGUGUGGAAACGCUAUGGCUCUCUCACAGGUUCAGUGUCUUGAUAACAAUCAUGUGAACUGGCGUCUGAAUGAAACCAAACCAGAGUUUUUUUACAGCGAGGAUCAGCGGGUCGCGCUUGAAGCGCUUAUAACGAAAGGACGCGACGCGUUUGACGCCUAUGUGAAAGAGCACGAGCUUCGUCCUUUCCUGUCGGAACCCGAGCUCGAGCGGUUCCGUAGGAACAUAGAAGAUUAUAAACCCGGUUCUGAGCAUCAAAAACCAGAUGGUACGACAGACGGAGAGGACGGUGCUAUUUCACUGCAGUAUUGGCCGGACCGCUCUGAUACCUCCAUACCGAUUCUGGACCUCGGAUGGCCAGACUGCAGUUCUUACCGCGGAGUGACGCGUGUCAAUGUGUACACGCAACCGCCAGUGGACGGACAGACGACGCAUAUAAAAGAGGUUGUGAGAAAGGCCAUCGCGCAAGCACAGAAGAUGAUUGCUGUGGUAAUGGAUGUUUUCACAGAUGUCGACAUUUUCAAGGAUCUAAUAGAGGCCGGAUUUAAAAAGAAAGUAGCUAUAUACAUUAUUAUAGAUAAUGCAUCUAUACAGCACUUCCUGUUUAUGUGUGAGAGAGCCAACAUGCACAGUGGACACCUCAAUCAUCUUCGGGUGCGAUGCAUUGGAGGUGCUGAAUUCUAUUCACGCUCAGCUCAGAAGGUGCGUGGCUCAUUGAGUCAGAAAUUCAUGUUUGUGGAUGGAGACCGUGCUGUGUCUGGAUCAUACAGUUUUACAUGGACCGCUUCUCGUUUGGACCGCAACAUCAUUACAGUCUUGACGGGACAGGCUGUUGAAACUUUUGACAGGCAGUUCCGUGAACUAUACCUGAACUCUCGUGGAGUCAAUCUAGCCAAGAUCCCAUUGGCGGACCUUCCAGAGCCUGACCCUGUCCCGAUAGCUGUUCCUCCCCCUGUUCCUGUAUCUGUUGCAAGAAAGCGAAUUAACCCCAAAUAUGCGUUACUUAAUUUAGAUUCAGCAAGCAAAGCCUCUUCAGACAAGGCUAGUGCCAAUAACAGUACCUCCAAAAAUCCUAUGGUCCAGAUUACCAAGCCUCAACGGGAGAUGAUAGAAGAACCGCAAAUGCACCCAGGACUUGUAGGUCUGCCAAAGGCAGAUCUCAUUCUCUACUUGCCCACUUGGCCUGAGCCAGACCCAGCCAGUGAUGUUAUUGGGUUUAUCAAUAUCCGUGAUACAAGCAAGCCAACACAGGUGCAUUUAAUGCGCUCGCAAAGGUUCGAAACAUCUCAAGCAAUACGUUUUAAAGACCCUUUCACUGCCCCACCUGAGGAACCGUUACCAGAUAAGGCAAGUCCCCGUCCUAAAACAACACAAAUUUCGAAAACAUUUACUGUAGAUGCAAAUGUUCAACCAAACACCCAAACUCAGCCAGAGAUUAACUCUAGCAAUGUUAAUCAAGAUACACUAGCCAAUACAUCCCAUUCGCCAAGCUCUCCGAUCCAGAAAGAAGAACCCAAACCCAACCCUCCUCCUCAAGAGCAGCAGUCCAACCCUGAAUCAACAGAAGUCAAACAGACUUUACAAAUGCCUGUUCCCAAGCCACGCACCCUUCAGUUGGUGGUUAAUAGGCCAGAGGGCUCUGGAGAUGCAGAGAUCACUUUAGUCAGAAGGGGUGAAAACCAGACAAAGGAUCCAAACAUGGACAUUCGCGACAAUGAUGCCGAUAGCACUGCUGUCACCUGUGCACAUUCAUUAAAGGAUAAAGAUGAGAAUUCUACAACAUCAGAUGAAUUCUAUGAAUGUAGUGACUCUGACAGUAGUGACAAACUCCCUAAUGGAAGGUUAACGGGUUCCGGUCGUUUUGGAGACCACAGCCUUGAUGCGCUUAACGUGAUGGCCCGUUUCUCUCAAUCCAUGCUGGACUUGCGAUCAGAUGAUGUCGAACAAACCACUGCUGAGAAAAAUCUACUGAACAUGCAGAACAGACAUAAAACAAAGAUGGAUUCCAGUUCACCCGUUCGAGAGACUUGUGGCCGGGCCAAAGUGGUGAUUGCUAAACCUGGAGUUUUCCAUAGACCUCCUAAAAGCAGCGGCCAUGUGAUCGGGGGCCACAGGUACUGGCAGGGGAAGGCAUAUGCUGACCUCCCCUCAAAUGGAUCAGGCCAGAAAAAUCUAAACCGCUCCGGCCGGUCCCCUAGAAGACAAAGCCUCACCUACACGAUAGAAGGACUGCGAAACGGCAAAACACACGCUCAGCGGCUCACGCACUCUCAGUCACUCUCUCCUGCUCACCGGGCUUCUCAAACAAAGUCUCCGUCUCCUCGUAGACGGGUUGAGACUCGUAUGCCGUUAGGAAUAUCUUUAUCUAAACUCGCCAGCUACAAACACCUCAGGGUGAAGGUUCCAGUGAACACAUCUGGUUUUGCUUUGGGGGAUAAAUUGUUGACACGGAGACACAAUGAAAUUUAACUGAUUUAUGGUGGCUUUCCUUCAGAAAAUAAACAACUUUGUAUUGAGUACAAAGGCAUGAAUGUGCAAUUAUGUAGCCACCAGUCUCCACUUCAGCUGGAGUUCAACUGUAUCUUUAAACUGGACCGUGGCAAGCAAAACUUGUUACAAGCAGUUUUACUCUUUAUUGACGUGCCUUUAUUGUGUAAUCUGGACUAGUGCAAAAAAUUUGGUGGUGGAUUUUUGGCCAAUGGUGAUGGCGAUUUCACAUUCCCCCAUGUUGUUGAUUAAUUAUUGUCUCAGCUUGUGGGAAAAGGAUGUUGAAAAGGUUAAGGUACAGUACAAACUGAUAGAGAGUUAAUUUCAAAGUCUGCAUUUGUCCGUGGUUUUACCUGAGGACAUCAGACUGUCUCAAGGCCUGUUCACACCAAGAUGAAUGUUUGUUGUGGUUGAACAUUUUCAAUCUUUAAAUCGCUUCAGACUGAUGCAAACAUUUGCAUGAUGUCAGUGCAACAGAUUCUUUGUUUAUGGAGAGGCGUUCUAAUCUCUUUUCCUGUGCAUAGCGGAAAAAAAGACUGCUCAACCAAUAAUAUUAAUGCUUUUAUCACAUGCUGAUAAAAAUCACAAGAUUUUUAUCACAAAGCUGCUGCUGUUAUAUAUAAUUAGUACUUUGUGAUACUCUCAAACGGAAUAUUUUGAAUGGGAAAAAGCUGGGUUUUUCCAUAACCACGACCUACUGACAGAAACUAAUUAUUUGAGAAAGUCAGACCUGAUUUUGUGCUGAUCAUUGUUUGGUGUGAACCGGUCUUUAGAGCUAGCCUUUGAGUUGGAGUCGAGACCAAACACUCAAAGAUCCAGACCAAGACACCUAAGACCUGGACUUUAACUCAGACCAAGACCUGGCUAUUUUAACAAACUGAAACUUACUCAGAAAAAAACUGAAUUUAUUGCAGCACUGAGCCACUUUGUGCAGUGUUGAAUGAACUGUGGUCAUGACUGAGACCCUUAGCCACGACCUAGACCAAGUUUUGAGCCCCCAACUGGAAGAAAAGUAAUAUGACCCAGACCAAUCCCACAUUUAUUGGGUCUUGAGAAGACCCCAACUCGGACAGUAUUUACAGGAAUUGAAUUAUGUAUUUUUUGGUUAUGUUUUGUUUUGUUUAAAACCUGCUAAGGAGGUUUGGAAAUAUGUGCUUUUUUAUGUGAUGUGCACUGUACAUUAUAGAAGGAAAGUGUUAGAAUUUCAGUUAUUGCAAAAAAUAAUCUAAUCUUCUAUCAUUUCUCCACUCUUAUAAUUUUUAUGCAAGUCCGCACACAAUGAUUUUCACAGUUUCUGUGAGAAUAUACUUGAAUCAUUUGAAGAUGUUUUAGUGACACAGGACUCAAUAUAGACUUUAGUUGAUGCAAAUCCCUCACAGCCUCAUUA